AUGAAGCCUGAUGGGUAUGACAUCAAUGCCAUCUACAACAUGAUGAAGGCCAUCAUGGGAGCAGGCGGAUUCGCGCUUCCCUGGGCCUUUGCUCGCCUCGGCUCAGCUGGUGGAGGCGCUGCGCUCUUUGCUUCCGCGAUCCUGGGGCUCCUCGCACUGCGAGAGUUGGCCGCACUGAAGCAGCAUGUGGAGAUCCAGCGGAACACGGUUGGAGCCACGUACGUGGACGUGGCUCGUGCAGCUUUGGGUGAAGCAGGUGCUUUGGCCGUGUACGGCCUGUCGAUAAUGUGCUCUGUGGGUGUUACGUCUGCCUACUUGGCUUUCGUGGCAUCCACUCUGGAGUCACUUUUUCCCACGAGAAGCUACAGCCAGUGCUUACUUUCCGCUGCUGUGUUCGUGCUGCCAACCACGUGGCUUCGUGAUUUCUCACUGCUCUCGAAGCUCUCUCAGAGUGGGACGGCGGCGGUACUCCUAGGAUACCUGGUGACUAUCCAGUCCGGGUCCUCAGAGCCCGUGGGCUGGUCAGAGACACAGUCCCGGUAUCACUGGAGCCUGGGACCCAGUUCGUGGCAAGACCUUGCACAAGGCUUCGGCCCUGUGGCCUUCCUUUUCUGCAUCCACUUCCUCCUAUUUCCAGUGAUGACCUCAGCCAGGUCAUCAGCUGCACCAGGAAAAUUUGUGCAGCUGGCCACCAUCGCAUUUCUGUGUGCUGGACUCAUCAACGCCGCCUUUGCAUACACCUGCCUGGCUUUCUUCGGACCCCAUGUCUCCUCCAUCGUGCUGAAUGACCUUAGCCAGGGGACUGUCUACCUGGUGGCUACAAAGCUAUUGCUUUGCGCGGACCUCCUGUGCUCCUACCCUCUGGUUUUUGCCGCGGGCAGGGAGAUUGUCGAGCGUUCCCUUUUCGAGGAGGCGGUCUACCAGACCCUUCCGCACAAGGAGGUUCUGAAGGAGGCGCCCAGCCCCCGCCUGUCAGGGCCAGGGCUGCUGGUGGAUGGCAGACGCUGCGGUCUCAGAUUCAUGCUGGUGGCGACCACAGUGGCAGUGGCCCAGCUGGAUUUUACGGCCAUCCUGUCCCUGGUUGGUGGUGUGGCGCAGGUGUUCCUCGCCUUUGUGCUGCCCCCUCUGAUGGCGAUUCGGUUCAUGGGGAGCAUCAUGGGCAUCUGGCGCUUGAUGGGCAACCUCCUACUGCUUGUAGCUGGCUUGGCUGCCGUAACAAUUUCCUUGUUCGCCAGUCUUAUCCCUGCAAAGCAGGACUGA